AGAUGGAGCCAUCGGUUUCAUCGAUGUAAACACGCAUUUUUUGUUGAUGGUGCACGUGGAUGCAUUUUUUUCACAUUUAAUUUAAUUCCGAAUAGAAUAAUCUUUAAAAUGUCGAAAAUCGUUACGAAACGUUUUCAUCGUGCACAUCUUUCGGCACCAUAUUUACGACCAUCACGAAAUGAUAAUAAUAAUGUUUUGCGUAAUGAAUCUUUGGAAUUACAAAGCCAAGAAUUAUUGAAUAAUAUUCUGGAACAAUUACGUACAGAUCGGCCAUCUGAACGAACAUUCGGUACUGAUAUGAUUAUUUCAUAUAUCACAAAUGAACUAAUAUCAUCGGAAAAAUUCGAUAAAAGUAAUGAAUUUCGUAAAAUUCUUCAACAACUGCGAACAAUGAUUUGUGAUCGAUCUGAAAAUGUUCGAUUCGGUACGAUCGAUGCUUUAUGUCAUCUAAGUACAUUGAAUGAAUCGAUUAUCAAACAAAUGGCCGAACAAGAUAUUCAAAUUCAUCAAGAGAUUCUUAAUUUUUUUCAACAAUUUUUACUUCCAUUAAAUGUUGAUCAAAUGAGUGGUAAAAAUCGUAAAGUUUCCAGUUUGACUAUUUUUAUCGAUGCUUUUAAUCUACUAAUAAGUAUUUGUGAUCAUGUUCCUGAUACUAUCGAUUCGGUAAUCAAUUUUGUUGGAUGGAAACAAAUUCUGCUCAAAUGCAUCAACAUUCAUUCAUCGAAUGAUUUAGAUCGUAUGAAUUUGACAAUAGCUGCCAUACAAUUGUUAUCAUUAAUCAUUGAUGAACGUCGUGGAAAUCGAUUUAUUCAACGUUUUGAAUUAAAUGAUUCGUUUAAUGAACUAAAUAAUCGGCUUGAAUCUAUGAAUUCGACCGAAACAUCGGUAGACGUCCCGUCGACAUCAACCGGAAACUUUUAUCUCCAAUGUCUUUUGCUUCAAAUGUCAUGCAGUGAUCUUAAUCCUACAUCCGCACCUAACGAAUCGAUUUUUGUGCAAUUGGGUCAAUUAAUUCGACGAAUUUUUAAUGCAAAUUUUAAUGAAAAUUUUAAAAAAUUUAUCGAACAAAUCGAAGAUGAUUUAUCCAAUGAAAUGCAAAAAUUACAACAAAUGUAUCCAUUAUAUCAGGAAUUACGAUUAUAUCUAUGUUGUAAACAAUUCUGUUUUGAAUGGUUAACCAACAUGACUGGUUUAUCUUUUGAUAAUGAGGAUGUAAAUGAAGAUGAAAUGAUGGAAGACGAUGAUGUCGAAACAACGGAGCUUGAUCCAUCUUUGCGACAAUUCAUACAAGAACAAUCGAUAUUAUCGAUUAUUUCAAAUGAAUUAUCAAAUAUUCCAUUUCGAAUCGAUACCGAUCAUUUGUAUGGAAAAGAAAUCAUCAACCUAAUGGAUAAUUAUCUAAUGACAUCAUUAACAUUAUUACAUAAUCUGAUUGGUCAUCAUUCAUGUUUAUCGUUUACCAUGAAUGAAAUUGAUAAAAUAUGGAAUAUUGUUUUUCUUAUUGCUUUUGAUGAUGAUAAAAUGGACGAAGAUAAUGUUCGAACAGAAACACAAAUAUCGUUUGAUGUACGAAAAGAAGCCAUAAAUGUCAUCAGACAAUUUGUACAAAAAUUUUCCGAUAAUAGCAAUAAAUUAACUAUGGAUAUAAUAAAUCAAUUGAAAACAUUAUGGUCACAUAACGACAAUGAUUAUGAUCUUAGAAUUAAUAUUGUUAAAAUUAUAUCGGAUUAUUUACAAAAAUCAUCAACAAUCAUAACUGAACGAUCAUCAAUGAUAAUAGAAUGGAUUCGUUUUAUAUUGAAUUCAUUGACAAUGAAUUCAAAUCAUUCAUCAUUGAUAUUUGCAGCCGAAAUAUUAGAUUCAAUUAUUGAUAUACUAUCGGAUGAAUCGAUUGCUAGUGAAUGUAUUCGAAAUGAUUCAUCAUUAUAUUCAUUGUUGACUAAUAAAUGGCAACAAUUUCAACGAUUAACCAGAUCGAAAUCAAUUCAAAAACAAAAUCCAUGUAUAGCAAUUGUACAUGAAAAUAUGCAAUCAUUUUUAGAUUAUCUUCGAAAUUUUUUAUAAUUAAUUAUUAUUAA